GGGAGUGGAAGGGCUGGAGGAAGCCAAGGGGAGGGAGAGAGGGAAGGAGGAGGAGGAGGGAAGCGUGGGAUUGCGGAGAAAGAGAAGGAGAGGAAAGCGAGCGGAGCGGAGUCUCUGGAAGGCACGAGCCGGGAAAGAGGGGAAGAGCCUGGGAUCCCAGAGCGGGGAGCCGAGGCUUUCGAGGGGGGCGGAAAGCGUGGAUGCCGCAAAGCGCCGCCGGGUCUUGGGCUGGGAGGGAGCGCCCCGAGAUGCGCGCCGAGCCGGACCCGCGCCGGGAGGGAGGCCCAUCGGGAGCCCUGGCCGGGGCCCCGCAGCCGCCCCCGAGGUAAAGCCGCGCCGCCAAGGAGCCGGAGGCAUGCGGCAGCGGAGCCCAGCGGCGCCCGCCCGGAUCUCUCUCCCCCCGCCGAGCUCUGCCGCCUCCCUCCUGCGCGGGGCCGGGACGCGUCCAGGGAAGGGCACGAGGGACGCCGGGAACUGAAAGCACCACCCCCGGCAGACCUGGAGGAAGCGAUGCCGAGGGUCGGGGCCGCGGUGGGGCUGAUGCUGAGCGCGCUCUUCCUGGGCGCGCUGCUGGAAGGGCUCCCGCUGAGGAGGCUCCGCCACCCGGGACCCAAGGAGCGCGACUACACCCUCGUGGAGAUCUCUACUUCGUCUGACAUGGCUUCAACCAAAGGAGAGGAGAUACCUCAGUCUAACAAGGUACGGAACCUGAGGCGAAAUGGACGCGCCAUGCCACGCCGACAGAAACGCCGUUGGCCAUUGCAUCAUAACUCCAAGAACCAGUUGCAGUCUCUCCAGUCGGGUGGAACAAUUCAGGAGGAGAGCACACCUUUUGUGCUGGACUUACAGAACCUACCGGGCUUAGCUAACGUGGAUCUGAGUGCCCAGAAUCCAAACAUCCAGGUGACCAUAGAGGUAGUGGAUGAUCCUCAGGCUGAGAUGGAGAUGGACUUGCUGAAGGAGACUAGGAAUGAUUGGUCUCUGACUUCCUCAGAGUGGCUCUCCCAUAAAGACCUCUUCUGGCCACUUUUCUGGGAGUACACAGACCCUGUGGAGGAGGGUGAUGAAGAUGACAACUUGGAUACAAAGAGCAGGGGUGACGAAGAGGAAGAGGAAGACUAUACUUCAGAGUAUGAUGAGGAGGAGACGGUUCUGAGUGGAGUGGGAGGUGACUGGGAUCAAAGGUGGUCCAAUCAGAAGAACUGGAUCUUCAAAGAAAAGUAUAAGUAUGAUUAUGAGGAUGAGGAGGAGUGGAGUCCCUGGUCUCCCUGCACUGUAACUUGUGGCAAUGGCAACCAGAAGAGAACUCGCUCUUGUGGCUAUGCCUGCACGGCCACUGAAUCAAGAACUUGUGACCUGCACCAGUGCCCUGGAGCAGAUGGGGAGUUGGAGCUCACAACUGAAGAGGCACCCUAUGAAGCAGGGAAUUCUACAGGGAUCAUAAACCCAGAUGUAGACAGCUGUGAGAAGUGGCUCAACUGCAAGAGUGACUUCCUCAACAAAUACAUAAGCAAGGUGCUCACAGACCUGCCCAGUUGCCCUUGCUCCUACCCAUUGGAAGCAGUGUACAGUGCCGUCAACUUGCGGGAUGAGCGGCAGGGCAAGAACUUCCGUUGGCGGGAUGCCAGUGGGCCCAAGGAGCGGCUGGACAUUUACAAGCCUACCGCCCACUUCUGCUUGCGCUCCAUGCUCUCUCUUGACAGCACUACGCUGGCGGCACAGCACUGCUGCUAUGACGAGAACACCAAGCUCAUUACGCGAGGCAAAGGGGCUGGAGCCCCCAACCUCAUCAGUACGGAGUUCUCCCCUGAGUUGCACUACAAGGUAGACAUGCUGCCAUGGAUUCUCUGCAAAGGCGACUGGAGCAGGUACCACGCAGUGCGGCCUCCCAAUAAUGGGCAGCAGUGUGCUGACAACCCAUCAGAGGAUGAAUACCUUUCUCAGCUACAGGAAGCCAGAGAAUAUUAGCACCUCCAGAAUAGAGACUUUGAAGAGCACAGCAUCUUUGGGCUACCACACAGCAUCCUAAAGAGCCAAAGGGGACCUCUUGCCACCACCCUGCCAUUCUGUCAGUGAACGUUUGUGGUUUACAGAACCAUCCUUUGUGUUGCAUUCCCUUUGUAACAAGGUAAUUUGUAAUAAGCUUACAAACCGAUUCUUACGAUUGCUCUGGCCACCUCCUCUCUGAACCUUUAUUAUUUCCUGGUGGUGGCAUUUCUUAGCAAUUCCUGUGGUCUCAUUGGUUCAUACUGAAAUGCAUACUGUACCCAGUGAGGAGGUGAAUGGUGGUGGGCACAGCCCCUGAAGACCACACUUUAAUGACUUCUCUUGACUCAUUUUAUACUGUGCUCACAAAUGUCACACCCGCAAAACAGACUUCAGAGUUCUUAAGGCAUAAACCUACAGGGUGCUUGAUUGUUUUGUAUCGUGUCCAAAAUUAUCUUUGGUGUAAUACACCAAUGUUAUGUUUUAGAUAAAAGGGAAAUAUUGUUAGAUAAAUUCAGAAUUUGGUGGUAAGGUUCUACCAUCUUGAAAUGGUUCCAGGUAAGAGAGAGUGUGUGUGUGCUAUCUUCCUUGUGAUAUUAUAUUCUACACUGUUGCUAGGGUUUGGGGGCUGAAGAUGGGUGAACUGAAGGGCUGGAAUGUGUGCAUGAAAACAUAGACCUUAAAGAAGAGAGUUAGGUGGGAGAUCAGGCUAAUUAGGGCUGAUAGAGAUGAAAUAACUAGGUCCAAUUUUUACCCAGAAGAUAAGAAAAGGAAACACCCAAAUAUUUUAAUCCUACUUCUAAAUAUUUCAGAAACCAGGGAGAAAAAGACAACAGAUUUAGAACCAGAUUUUCAUGGUUUGGGGAUAGAGAAUAUGCCAUACAAGGAGAAAACUCUGAAUUCACUUCAUGCUGUCUCUAGUAAGGGCUGGAAAAAUAUGCUUCUGGUGGUAGUUACUACUUGUCUGGAAUAAGGUCCAUUUGCAUGGCACCAUUAUUUAUUAUAUUGCUCCACUUUUCAUUGUCCUAAAUGCAUCUUACAGAAUCCUGGGGUUUGCAGUUUGGUGGGGCAUUAGCUGGGAAUUAUAAAUGCCCCUCCCUAAUCUGCAAGAAUUUCAUAGAAUGGAAACAUAAAGUGGAAUCAAAGUGCUAUAAUCGUGUGAAUCAACUCUAGUUAAUGCUUGGCCAGCUGGACCAGUUGUCUGAUGCAGGGUAAGGCAGUUUAAUGCAUUCCUGCCCUGGUAAUCUACAAGACUGAAUACUACUGGUCAAGGACAGGUAGAAAAGCAAGGAGCCAGUUACUCCAGCCAAGAUUGUUCCAUCCCCUGUAUGAUGGAACAUAUUGGCAGGGGUUGGACUGGAUGGCCCACAAGGUCUCUUCCAACUCUUAUGAUUCUAUUAAGAGAGGCAACAAUCAAUAUCCACCUGUGUAUUUUUGUAGGCAUCAAAAUUCCACCUGUACCAUGUUAACAGAAAAAGUGAAGAAUCAUGCGUGUGGUUUAGCCCUGUAAAAAGUUUGGUAUAGAUUCCUAGGAAAACUCCCUCUGUUCAAUUCAGAUCUCCUUGACCCCGUCAAAAAGGUGUUGUCUCUUGAAACGAGCAAACACUUUGAAACCACGUGUCUUCAAGCUGUUUGCAAUUCUCUGAGUUUCAGGACAAUUGUUUCUAGCCUAUUUUAUUUUAUGGCUCAGGUUUUACCACAUAUGAAGCUAUCUUAAACAUUCUCUUUUUAAAAAAAUCUCAAGUACAAACCUCUGAUAUUUUCCAAGAUUCAGAUGGUUCUUAUAUGACCUCUAGCGGCCACCUAAGGGAAUUUAGUAAGUAUAUCAUUAAGUUGAAAUCAAGGGUGAAAAACUGAACCUCAGCUCCUGCAGAUAUUCCUUCUGUCACUGUGGUGGUCAUUGGGUGUUGCUUUCACUCCAAGAGAUCAGUGAUGGGACAAAGCAUCUAAAACUGGCCAAAAAUAUGUCACAGGAGUUUCUUCUGAUUUAGGUUCUGGGCUGUAAUGGAAAUUUGGGAAGCUUGAGAGAGGUGUUAGAAAAAGGCAAUUGCAUGGUUAAGAUGCUUUUGUCCAUUUAGGGGUAAUAGUGGCAUGACUCCACAUUUUAUUUUUUAGAGGUAGCUUGGUGGACAUAAGAAUGCUCCCCAAAAGUCAAUGGAAAGAGUGCACAUCGGCUGUAAUCCUAUGUAGUUCAGUAUACCAUGGAAGUUCCACAUGUGGAUUCUUGGUAUACUUUGCCAUUGGUCAGUAUCCAGACUUACUGUAAAACCACUAAAGCUUGCCACCCACAUUCAUUUAUGCCUAGAAGUGAGAAGGAGGUAUUACAAACAUUUUGGCUCGAUUAUGUCAUUCAUGGAUUUCUCUUGAUGUAAUAUGAGCCCCUGGUAACAUGGCAUAGCGGGUUAAACUGUUAAGCUGCUGAACUUGCUGACUGAAAGGUCGGCAAUUUGAAUCCUGGGAACAGGAUGAGCUCCCACUGUUAGCCCCAGCUUCUGCCAACCUAGGAGUUCAAAAACAUGCAAAUGUGGGUAGAUCAAUAGGUACCGCUCCACUGGGAAGGUAAUAGCGCCCCAUGAAGUCAUGCCGGCCACAUGACCUUGGAGGUGUUUAUGGACAACACCGGCUCUUCGGCUUAGAAAUGGAGAUGAGGACCAACCCCAGAGUCAGACUCGACUGGACUUAAUAUCCAGGGAAUACCUUUACUUUUUAACAUGUUCCCGAGACAUGUCUGCAGUUCUUUCUACUUUUCUCUUGAUAGAAACGGCUGAGAGUUGAAGGUUUGGCUGGCUCUAUCCUUGGCCACGGGGUGACUGUAAAGGGAAUAAAGGAAUACCAACCUCCACAGCAACCAAAAAUAGACCUUCGCGGGCAUAGGGUCAAUUUACAUAUGCAUUUGCCACUAAGAGAUACCACCCAUGGCAUGCAGGGCACACUUUUUGUUAUUAUUUUUUGUAAAGCUCUUUUGUCUUCAGACAUAAACUUAAACCAGAGGGGAUUUUUACUGCUCUUCCUCUACCAGAGUAUCUUUGUGUUAAGAGUUAUGUCUUCUAACAAAACGGCUUCAGAAAUGAGAAUUCCAGGGGGACUCCUUCUGAUUUCAAAGACCCGCAACUUGACACUUAAAUUUUUAUAGCUCUCUCUUCCCUCUGCCCCUAGUAUAUAGAGUGGCAGAUAGCUUAGCAGUAGGGAGGAAAAGCUUUCAUGCUAUUUUUACAAAGUAUUGCAAUAUAAUAUGGUGCAGUUUUUUUCUGGAAUGUGAGAUGCAGGACAAGACGUUAAUUAAAUACUAAUGCUGCGCUACCAUAACUUGCUAGCAGUAGAACUUCCUCCACCUUUUCUCCCUGUAGAACAUGAACCCAAGAACUGGGAUUUGUCCUUUUCUCCUAUCCUGUCUCUCUCCCCCAUCCACCCAGAUAGGUUUGUCUUGAGCAGGCAUGUAUUUGUAUGCAUAUAUCCUUAUAGGCUUUUCCAUUCAUCAGGGUACAAUCAGCCCUCCACAUUCAUUGGGGAUAGACCAGGCAUGGGCAAACUUCAUCCCUCCAGGUGUUUUGAACUUCAACUACAGUAGAGUCUCACUUAUCCAAGCUAAACGGGCUGGCAGAAGCUUGGAUAAGCGAAUAUAUUGGAUAAUAAGGAGGGAUUAAGGAAAAGCCUAUUAAACAUCAAAUUACGUUAUGAUUUUAGAAAUUAAGCACCAAAACAACAUGUUAUACAACAAAUUUGACAGAAAAAGUAGUUCAAUACGCAGUAAUGUUAUGUUGUAAUUACUGUAUUUACGAAUUUAGUACCAAAAUAUCAUGAUAUAUUGAAAACAUUGACUACAAAAAUGGCUUGGAUUAUCCAGAAGCUUGGAUAAGCAAGGCUUGGAUAAGUGAGACUCUAUUGUACCACCAUUCCUAACAGCCUCAGGCCCUUUUCUUUUUCCCCUCAGCCACUUAAGUGUUUCUUUUUAGGGACUAGGAAAAGGAAGGGACCUGAGGCUGUUAGGAAUUGUGGAAAUUGGAGUCCAAAACACCUGAAGGGAAGGCCCAAGUUUGCCCAUGCCUGGGAUAGAAGUAUGGUACUCCUCAGAAAGUGAAAUAUUGCAAACAAUGAAAUUGCUUUAAAAAAAAACAAAAACAAAAAAACAAAGAACGCCUCUAGGAAUUCCUAUGUUUUCCAGCAAACCUCUGUGGUCAAUUUUUGUUGAAAGUAAAACAAAGAAUCACAUUGGGGGACCUAAAGUUUCCUAGACAGGCGUUCUGAAAGUCUAUGGAGAAAAUGGACCAUAGAACCAUAUUGGAGAACCUAGAGAUUCCUAGGGAGAAUUUUUUUAUCAGAUCUGUGAAUAAUGAAGCCCCACAAAAGUCAAAACUGCAAGUGUACCCCUGUCUGUAAGAACAUUAUUUUUGGUUGGUUUGUGGAAGAUCUCCCACUAUGUUCUGCCUUGCCCUUUUCUCCCUCUGAACUGUUUGUUUCUGGUGGUUUUCUGGCAUUUUGUGGAUAUUCCAGUUGGUUAAACUAUAUACAAUGGCCACAAUUUAGACACUGCAUUUUUGUUGGCAGCGGAACCUGCCAGCAUGUACACGCAAUGCUUGAUAGCAUCUUCUACUCAACCUCGUGCCCAUCAUAUAGAAUUAAUUACAGUUACCAUUAUCCCCAGCUAGCAAGACCAUGGAAAAGGUUGCUCUGUGCUGGGAAUGGGGAGCCUGAAUUAUCUGCCAAGGGGUGUAGGCUGGGGAUGAUUCUGUCAGUCACAGGCAUCUGUAAGGGUUUCACUCUCUCUGCUUCCUGCACACUCAAUGCUGUUGUUUCAUAAGCACCUUACCCUCCCAGAAAGCUUUGCAGCCUCAUUUGGAUGAGUAAAUAUUAAAGAACAAGGAUGUAUUUUUAUACAAUUUGACUAUUUUGUUCAGCAAUUUCUAUUUAAGCUAUAAAAGUAUUGUAUAUUGUCCUUGCCCCAUAAUUUUAUUGCUAUAUUGGUAUAUAUAUUAAGAGGUACAAAAAGGCAUUUAUGAGAGCUUCUUUAUCUGACAUUAGAUGAAAGCACUUUAUUUCAAAAUACGUGUGUAUGUGACCAACAUUAUUCAAUUAUAAUAUCACUCUGUGGUUUGUUUCUUUGAAAGGGACAACACAAUGCCAAAUGCUGUUUCUUUUUAGGGACUGGGGGAGCUUUACCAUCUUCUGUGAUAUUUCUGUUUUGAUUGUGAUGGGGGGAGUUCAGAGCCAAAGUAAAUGCUUUCUCUUUUGGGAAAAAGACUUCUGUAGAAGAAGCUCUCAGGAGAACAUUAGUUCAGUCUUGUUUAGAAAUCAGUCUUUCCUAUAACAUUUAGACAUUCCUAAGAAAAAGGCCUUUGGGAAGGACUUCUUGUUGCUUUCCAAAGACAGGUAAUUAGUUGUUCAUGUGGUUCUUCUAUGGCAGUGGUAAGGAACCGGUGUUCUUCAAGAUAUUACCGGAUUACAACUCUUCAUCAUCCCUAACCAUUGGUGGUCGCUGAUGGAGACUGCAGUCCAGCAACAUCCAAAUGACUACUUGUUCCUUAUCCCUGGUUUUAUAGGGUGGAGAUUUGGGUCAGAUGUUCUCCAUUGCUGGUUCGCUCACUCUGAGUCCCUCCCGUUUCUGGUUUUUCCUUUGUACAGUAUUUAUUGCUUGUAAUGGUUAUGAUAGCUUAAGGAAUGGAUAUGCUGGUGGUGUUGAAUGAGGCCUCUUUCAGGAAGAGGGUGUGGGUGCGGGCAUAAGGUGCCAAAAAUUGAAGCAAGAUGUCAAAAUAUUCUCUUACAAAUAAACUUUAUUAUUAACA